AUGCUGCAUUGCAGCGCGGCCAUCCUUUUGCUGUCUCUGUCUUGUCUGUCUCUCUCUCUCUCCGUUGCCGUCGGUUCCCUUGCGAAUCGUUGCCCCGGAUUCUUGCUGUACCAUAUCGUGCUGAUGCUUUUUCUCUGCCCUCCCUUUUCUGCUUUUGUCAUUCCGCAUAGCGUGGGUUUGAUCUUGCAGGACUACCUUUUGUCGGCUCCUGUUCUAAUUAUGUGCUUCAUGUCAUAUCACGGUCAUGUCAUGUCAUUCCUUUAUUCGCUCGUUCGCUUUCUCGUCCGGCUUGGACGCGGAGUCAUCUGCAUCGCCUAUACUCAGGCCAUGACAGUUGCCGACCGGCCCAGUCUGGGCGGGUGGGCAGGUGCUGCGCUGGUCGCGGGCUACCUGCCUCCUACAUACACACACACUCUUGAUGUACCAUCAUUGCUCGACAUGACUGAUGCUUUACUGCUACCAACUACUAUCCAUCUGCUGUUGACUGGUUUGGAUUGUUGUCGUUUUGAUGUCACACAUACUAUUUCACAGGACUUACUUGGAUACAUUCUAAGUGAGGUUGUACCAGAUAAUCUAAUUGUCAUGAAUACUAUUACUACUACUACUACUACUACCACUACUUACCACAAGUGUCUGCAUCCAUCCAUCCAUCCACCGUAG